UCUUAAUAUCACAAAACCAUCACCGACUAGAAUACAAAUGAAAUUAAUAACUACUAUUAUUCGUAGCAGUGUAAAUUUUUUCGAAACCACUUUUCAGGAAACUUCGCUCAUUUUCAAAGUUUUUCGUGAACAAUUUUACAUUAAAUUUGUUUUAUAAAGAUAAAUUGACUAACUAAUUAACUCUUCGUCAUUACCGAAAUAUUAGUUAAGUAAUUAAUAAAGAAAUUAUAACACACACACGCGUAAGAUGGAAAGCGAUAUCUAUAGCAAUCCAUUGGAUUUAAUAACUCAAAAUGGAGAGAAAAAUAACAGGAAAUCCAGUGUUAAAAUACAGUCAAGUCUGAAGAGCCAGGAGGCCAGCGGCGAAGAUGGAUCGGGAAAAAAAUUAGGCAGUAACAAGGAGUCCAACUCGAACAUGCAGUUUCGUCCAAUUGUCGUGACAUCUCCUGGUAUAAAAAAUGAAGCUGAGUGUAUAUACGCCGUCGUCCACAAGUCAGAGAAGGAUGAUGCUAACGAGUCAAAAACCGUAACGUCGGCUAACGAUGUCAGUACGAAUAAUUCGGUGGCUAGAACCGUAACUAACAACAGCCAAGAUGUUCAUUAUUCAUCUAUCGGUAUUGCUAAAAAUAAAGAUGAACCGCAGUCGAAUAAUGUCGGAAAUUCUCAUUAUUUGCCGGUACCGAGUUCACCUGGUCACUACGAAACACUACCGGAUAUUGAUGACCCAAUUGAAACCGUAGACGAAAAAACGGAGAAGAAAAAACAACCGCUCAAAUAUUCAUCAUCGUCGUCAUCGUCGUCGUCAUCUUCGACGUUAGCAUCCACGAUACCCCCCUCCUCCUCCUUCUCAUCAUCAUCAUCAUCCUACUGCAACAUCAACAACCUCAACAGCACCAACAAAAUCAACAACGAGAUUGAAAGCUACAAUUUUUCAGCUGUUUUCCUGGGCUCGAUGGUCGUCGACAUUCCAAAAAUGCAGGCCAACAAAUCUGAAUACAUCAGCGAAUGUAUUCAACUAGUGGCCGGUCAAACGUCUGGUGAUGCUACCAAAACUUUGCUGAAGUUGAAAAAUAAGAAGCAAGUGAAUUCGGUGAACGGGAAUAAAAAGGAAGAAAGUGAAAAUGACGUCAGCUCUGUCGGUAGCGUCACUCUUUCGAAACACAGAGGCAUGAACGUAACGUUGGAGUUGAAGGAGAGCGGCCUGAAACUGUUUGAAAGUAGGAACAAGAAGGAGAGGAUGGACAUCCCACUCCGACUCAUCAGGCUGUGGGGCGUUGGCAGAGGAACGAACAGUCGAGAAUUCGCGAUAAUUUCGCGAGAUUUGCCAGUGAGCAAUACGCUCUGUCGAGUGUUUCUAUGCGAAGACUUUGCUCGAAAGAUCGCCGAAACAUUUCAAGCGGUGUGCAGCAGGGUAGCGGAAAAAACAAAAACUCUGAAAAACAGCAAAGAAUCAAGUCCGGUAAGGAAAAUACCUUUCAGUGGGAAUCUAACGAGAAAUGAGAACAACACCAUACGAAGCAACAGAAGUGACGGAUGCGCCCCCCCACCAGCGUUGCACGCAUCAGACAACGAAACUUACUGCAUCUACCUCGGUAUGAUGGAAGUCACAAAGCCAACGGGAACGAAAAUUUUAGAGCACGCCAUUGACAUGGUGAGGACCUACGUAGAUGAGAAGAACUGGUUGAGAGGAAAAAUUCAGCUGACAUUUGACGGGGUGUACUUUAUAACCAGCAAGUCUGUUCGACUUUCCUGUCCAAACGAAAGCAUUUCAUUUGCCGGCAUUUCAAUCAAGCACAAACAGCUGGCUGGUUUCAUAGUGAGCAAGAACAAUGGCACGUUUGUCCACGUCUUCUCCAUAGAAGCCGAUUACAUCAGCUGGUUUGAAAAUGUUAAAUUUAUCUGCAAGCUCCAUUCCUCCAAGUACGAUAAGAGCAUCUUCACCACUCUCAACAAAAAACGAAAAUGAGAAUGAGGGGAAUUUUCAAAAGCAUGAAAUGUUUGGGUAUGGGCAGUGAACAAUCAAAACAUUAGAAAACAAUGCAUUGAAAUCAAAUUUAUGAUGACUGCUGGGGAUUGUUUAUUAAAUACAAUGUCAAUUUAU